CCCCUUCCCCCCACACCAAAUCUCCUCUGGCUCUCUAACCUCACUGAGAUUGUAGCUGGUCUGGAGACCUGAAGGAGACAUGGAGACAGAGGCAGGGGACCCCCUGACUGGAGCAGAUGGACAAAAUAGGCAGCCAUGGCUGGAGAACUGGAUAUCAGAGUAAUGUCUGACCUCUGGAAACAGUAAGUCAAAAUGAAAUUACAAUUGCUUUAGUAAGCUUUUGGAUUGUAAGACUUUUAUAAAAUUACCCCACUUGGAUGUCUGUUCUAAAAACUAGGAUCUUUCCAUACCAAGGUGCUCCAGUUUUCGUUUCUCCCCACUCUCAUUUCGUUUUGAUCUCCAACCUCUGGUCAUUUGAAGUAUGAUACUCUGCCUCUCCUCUGACAGUCUUAGCUUACUCUUUACCUUGUUACUUCAAGAUUUUUUUUUUUUUUGGAAGGGAGUAGGGCUGGGGAUUGAGCACAGGGCCUUGCACUCACACUCUACUACUGAGCUACACCCCAGGGCCCCCCUGCCACACCCCUCCUCAAGACUUCUGAUAACUUUCUAGAAGGAGUUCCCCACACCCUCUAAUCUAGUUUUAUCACGGGCAAAUGUGGCCUCAGAUGAUUACUCACUGCUAUUCUUCUACCCUGUCCCUAUGUAGCAGUGCCCUUCACAUUGGGUUUCCAAGGGUGGGAGAUAUCCCUUGUAAAUGAGUUCUCCCCACAAUUCUAGACUCUCUAUCUCAUUCUCCCUCCUGCAGAACUCUUCCCUAAGCAUACUCUUCCCCUAAAAGAGGAGAGUCAGGAGGAAUGGAGUUAGCCCCUCCCUACCCCUGUCCUCCCCAAAAGAGGACAAAUUCCUCUGAAUUUGCAAGGGGUAGAAUAAUGAAAAGAGUGGUUCUUCAGUCAAGUUUGGAAAAAUACUAGAACAGUUGGCUUAGGAAAAAACAACCAAUAUUGACUCACAGAUUGAUUUGCAUCACAUUCCACUAGAGAAAGGGAUUGUGAUUGCAGCUUUUAACAGCAGAUGAGAGAGACUGGUUCCCUUUUCAUUGAAAUAUUGAUGUUCUAGAAGGCAUAGGCAUUCCACUUCACUCUUUCUUGUGUUCUUCUAAGACAAAGGAGGAAAAGAAAUGAAUGAAUCCUGGAGGGUGUCCCCUCCUGAUGGGGGAGAGAGGAAAAAGAGGUAUAUUCUAUUUCCCAUUCACCUUGGGGAGGGCACCGCGGGAGCCCUUGAUUGACCGGGAGAGGAGAACUAGUGGACUUACACAUUUUUAGUAAGAAUGAAGAACGAAGGAGCUGAGGGCUGGGGGCUGGGGAAGGCCAGUAGCUGGGUUAUGGGAACAGCUGGAAUCCCCUAAUGAGGUUCGGGAGAGUUGGGCAUACUCCUAUAGUUAAGGCGAGGUCUGGUGAACGUCUCACAGUUCUCUCCCUCGCGUUCUCAGCUCAUUCUCAAUGCAAGAUCCUCCGCUGCAAUGCUGAGUACGUAUCUUCCACCCUGAGCCUUAGAGGUGGAGGUUCACCAGGAGCGCUUCCAGGAGGAGGAGGCCGAGGUGGAGGUAUGGGCUCCGGCGGCUUCUGCCGAGCCCUCCGCUCCUAUGAGCUCUGCACUCGGCGCACCGCCCGCACCUGCCGCGGGGAUCUUGCCUUCCAUUCAGCAGUACACGGCAUCGAAGACCUAAUGAUCCAGCACAACUGCUCCCGCCAGGGCCCUACGGCCCCGCCCCCGCCCCGGGGUCCCGCCCUUCCGGGCUCCAGCCCCGGGUCCUCCGCCCCAGACCCCUGUGACUAUGAAGGCCGGUUUUCCCGACUGCACAGUCGUUCCCCAGGCUUCUUGCAUUGCGCUUCCUUCGGGGACCCCCACGUGCGCAGCUUCCACCAUCACUUUCACACCUGCCGUAUUCAAGGAGCUUGGCCCUUACUGGAUAACAACUUCCUUUUUGUCCAGGCCACCAGCUCCCCGGUAGCAUCGGGGGUCAACGCUACAACCAUCCGCAAGCUCACCAUCAUCUUUAAGAACAUGCAGGAAUGCAUUGAUCAGAAGGUCUACCAGGCUGAGGUGGACAAUCUUCCUGCAGCCUUUGAAGAUGGUUCUGUCAAUGGAGGUGACCGACCAGGGGGUUCGAGUUUGUCUAUUCAAACUGCUAACCCUGGGAGUCAUGUGGAGAUCCGAGCUGCCUAUAUUGGCACAACUAUAGUCAUUCGGCAGACAGCUGGGCAGCUCUCCUUCUCCAUCAAGGUAGCUGAGGAUGUGGCCAGGGCCUUCUCAGCUGAGCAGGACCUGCAGCUUUGUGUUGGGGGGUGCCCUCCAAGUCAGCGAAUCUCUCGCUCAGAGCGCAAUCGUCGGGGAGCUAUAACCAUAGAUACUGCCAAACAGCUGUGCAAAGAAAGGCUUCCCAUUGAAGAUGCUUACUUUCAAUCAUGUGUCUUUGAUGUUUUAAUCUCUGGUGACCCCAAUUUUACUGUGGCAGCUCAGGCAGCUUUGGAGGAUGCCCGGGCCUUCCUGCCAGACUUAGAGAAGUUGCAUCUCUUCCCCUCUGAUGUAGGGGUUCUUCUCUACCAAGCAACCUUCCUAACCCCACUUCUUUCAGGGUUCUUUGUUCUGUGGCACUGCAUUCAGUAAGUAGGCCAGCAACCCCAUGACUAGUUUGGAAAUUAUUUGAGGAUAAAAGUUGGCAUGGAAGAACACCAAGAAUUGCCAAAGGAAACAGUGGGGAUUUGGAGAUACAUGAAAAUGACAUCCAGAGUCAGACAUGGAGAUGAAAUUAUGGCAGAACAAAGAUUCUGGGCAAGGUUUUUGCAUUCCAUACCUCUGCAUGGGGCUCUUCACCAAUUUUUCCAGUCCCAUUUGUAGUAAGCAGAUUGUUUUAACUCAUCUACUCCUGAAAUCACUCCUUCAAGCUUAGAAGUUACAGUGGUCUUAAUGAUCAGUAAAGAACUUAAAGGGUGAGAUUUUUAAGAGGCAAUAACUAAAAAACAAAGACACAACAUGAUCCAUAAGUAAUUAAGAAUCAUUAGGGAGAGAAGUCUAUUUGAUGAGGACUGGAGAUGUGGCUCAAGUGGUAGAGUACCUGCCUAGCAAGGGCGAAGCCCUGAAUUCAAGCUCCAGUACCGCCAAAGAAAAAAAUUUUUGGUGAUUAUAUUGGGUAAGGUGUAUUCUGCUUUCUUGGUUCAGAAAUGAACUGGGCAUUGCCUGGAUCUUAGGCAAAGGGAGCCAACUUUUGGAGAAUGGCACAGAUAGGACAGAAGCUGUCAUCCCCACCCUUAACUAAUCUAUUAUUAAAGUUAUGAAUUCUCCAACUGUUCUCUGUUGCCUAUGUUGAAUCUCUUUACAGAUGCAUGAAAUGGAGGAAAGGCAAUGUGUUCACUUCACUGAAAGAGGGCUCAGAAACUAUCAGUUAUUGUUUUUGCACGUUACUAGAGAUAUAAAACUGAUUCAGAUGAAAGAAUCAUGAGUGUGUAAUUCUUCACUAAAUUCUAUGGCACUGUGAAUUCAGAUGAGAAGAUGGUUGGUGAGAAAUAAAGUAAUGAGAAGUUAAUAAAAGCUAUUAAAGGAAAUGGGUUUUAAAGUAAGCUUAAAAGUUGGUAGGAUUUGAAUUAAGAACUUUCCAAACUAUCUGAAGUUGCAUAGGUUCAUGAUUCAGUGAGGAAACUGGCAAAACUCAAAUGGAAGUAGGCAGGGAGUAAUGGGAUAGAAAGUUAGAUAGGUAGAGGCCAGACUAUGAAGCACCUUGAAAGUAGGAUCAAGGAAUUAAAAUUUGAUUAAUAGCUAACAUUUAUUUAGAAUUUAAAGUCUGCCAUACAAUGUUCUAAACCUCUUUAAAGUACUAAUUCAUGGCCAGGCAUAGUGGUUCACAUCUGUAAUCUCAGCUAUUUGGGAAGUAGAAGUAGGAGGAUCAUGGUUCCUGGCAAGCCCAGACAAAGUGCAAACCAAAGAGAAUGGGUGUGUAGCUCAAGUGGUAGAGCACUGUGAUACCAUGAAUUCAGUCCCUAGUACAACCAGGAAAAAUAAUAAUUCAUUUAGGACUAGGGUAUUUGCCUACCAUGGGUUUGAUCCCCAGCACCACACAAAAAAAAUUA